GGCAAAUCUAACACCCUAUAUUAUAUCCAAUGAAGGCUGAAGAGGGAUCUGAACACAACUAGAUACUCCCUUUUUGAGUUCUUAGGGAGAGAAAUUGUAAUUAAGCCACUCAGCCCCAUAUGAAAUGGCAGCUGAGGAGGGCACUACUACUACAAUACCAAACAGACCCUUAAGAUGGUCCCUCAACGGCAUGACUGCUCUUGUCACCGGUGGAACUCGUGGCAUUGGGCAUGCCAUAGUGGAAGAUUUAUGUGGGUUUGGUACCACUGUCCACACUUGUUCCAGAAACCAAGCAGAGCUUGAUAAGUGCUUAUCUGAUUGGCAGAGUAAGGGCUUUUUGGUUUCUGGGUCAGUGUGUGAUGUGUCAUCUUUAGCUCACAGAGAGAAGCUCAUUCAAGAAGUUACCUCUAUCUUCAAUGGCAAGCUUAAUGUUUAUGUGAACAAUGUUGGAGCAAACUUUAGGAAGCCAACUGUUGAAUACACUGCUGAGGAUUAUUCUGGAAUGAUGGCAAUCAAUCUAGAUUCUGCAUUCCAUUUGUGCCAACUUGCAUAUCCUCUUCUGAAAGCAUCUGGAAUGGGAAGCAUUGUGUUUAUUUCUUCUAUUGCUGGUGUGGUAAGCUUAGGUACUGGAUCAGUCUAUGCAGCAAGUAAAGCUGCAAUCAAUCAGCUUACCAAAAGUCUGGCUUGUGAGUGGGCAAAAGAUGGCAUAAGGAGCAAUUGUGUAGUUCCUGCAACCACCAAUACACCGCUUGUAGAACAUCUGCUUCGCAACAAGAAGUAUGUCGAUGAAAUGUUGUCUCGAACUCCUAUUCGGCGCAUCGCAGAAGCUCAAGAAAUAUCCUCCUUGGUUGCUUUCCUUUGUCUGCCUGCUGCCUCUUACAUCACUGGACAGGUUAUUUGUAUUGAUGGAGGAUUAACCGUGAAUGGAUUUCAGCCCAGCAUGAGAAUAACAUGACAUUCAUGUGCUUCUCAGUUUGUUGUCAAUAAUCUUUGGAAUAAAAGAUCCAUAAGAACAUCACGGUACAAUUUAUUUUAUGUUGAUGGGAAACAAACCUUGAAUGGUUUUCAGCACAGCAUAAGAAUAAAAAUAGCAUUUACGUAUUCCUUGAUUUAUAUAUUUUUGGUAAUAAAAAUGAUAGAACAAAGAGAAAAAAUCUCCAAACUACCGGCUAUGGCGUCAAUAGCACGCGGGGGAGAACAACGAAGACCCAUGGGUAUGAGUUGUCAGCUACUACUGCAAUCGGGUACCUCCUUGAAGUUCCUCACCAACUAAGUUUUUACUAAGUGCAGGGGAGAGUUAAAUUCGGAACAUUUGAACUUCUAUGUCAGUCCAAGCUAAUCCUUGAUUUGCAUUUUCUUCUGCUGUUUCAAUGUGUUGAUCACCAUAUGCCUCAGACAUAACUUACGGUUUUUACUUUUUAUCAAGAAACAUUGUCUUGGAUUGCUUUCUCAA